GGCAAAGUCAACAAGUUCCACCAGGGAGUUGCAGGGUUGGUUUAUUUAUUUAUUUGUUUGUUUUUAGUUCUGCCAUAUGGAUUUCAGUAAUGGAUCCUCUCUUGACUUGCAAUUAAACAUGAAACUUCUCAUUGGGUAGUUUCAAAUCUAGCAGGAGGAAUCAGCUGCUAGCUUACUGCACUGUGGAAAGCUGCACGAGAUUCCAGGAUUGGAAUGGAAAUGCUAAUUUAAAAGGUCAAGCGGAGCUGCGCCUCACGUUUUUCGCGUCCGUGUGCUCCGUGCGGGCGGAGCGAACAAAGACCGGGCCAGAGAAGCCAAACGCCCAGAUUCCUCUCUCCGCCGGUUCCCCAAAAUAGUUCUGGAAUCAUGCCUGAAAUGCCGGAGGCCAUGGAACAGGAGGAAGUGAACAUCCCUAGCCGGCGGGUUCUUGUUACUGGUGCCACCGGGCUUCUUGGCAGAGCAGUUUACAAAGAGUUUCAGCAGAGCAACUGGCACACCGUUGGCUGUGGCUUUCGAAGAGCAAGACCAAAAUUCGAACAAGUGAACCUGUUGGAUUCUGAAGCAGUUCACCACCUCAUUCAUGAUUUUCAGCCUCACGUCAUAGUGCAUUGUGCUGCUGAGAGAAGACCAGAUGUUGUUGAGAGUCAGCCAGAUGCUGCUUCCCAGCUGAAUGUGUGUGCCUCUGGGAAUUUAGCAAAGGAGGCAGCUGCAGUUGGAGCAUUUCUCAUCUACAUUAGCUCAGAUUAUGUGUUUGAUGGCACAAAUCCCCCUUACACAGAAGAAGAUAUACCAAGUCCCCUGAAUCUGUAUGGAAAAACAAAAUUGGAUGGAGAAAAGGCGGUCCUAGAGAAUAAUUUAGGGGCUGCAGUGCUGAGAAUUCCUGUUCUCUAUGGGGAAGUUGAAAAGCUUGAAGAAAGUGCUGUGACUGUUAUGUUCGACAAGGUACAGUUCAGCAACAAGUCAGCAAACAUGGACCAUUGGCAGCAGAGGUUCCCCACACAUGUGAAAGACGUAGCCAGUGUGUGCCGGCAGCUGGCCGAGAAGAGGAUGCUGGAUCCAUCCAUUAAAGGAACCUUUCACUGGUCUGGCAAUGAGCAGAUGACCAAGUAUGAAAUGGCGUGUGCAAUUGCGGAUGCCUUCAACCUCCCCAGCAGUCACUUAAGACCUAUUACUGACAGCCCUGUCAUAGGAGCACAACGCCCCAAAAAUGCUCAGCUCGAUUGCUCCAAAUUGGAGACCUUGGGCAUUGGCCAGCGGACACCAUUUCGAAUUGGAAUCAAAGAAUCCCUCUGGCCUUUCCUCAUCGACAAGAGAUGGAGACAGACCGUCUUUCAUUAGUUUAUGUGUUGUGUAUUUUUUUAAAUGAAAAGUAUAGU